AGGGUGGGGACCAGUUUUACCAAGUCGUAAAACGCGCUUAUGCAUGGGCCCCAGCGACUCUCCAUGAGUCGGAACUCGGAACUCGGAACUCCCUGCUCCCAGUUGAAGAAGCUAAUGCUUAAUAUUGAUAAGUGCUUCUGAGUAGAUGACGAGAUAAGUUGAAGGCGGAGAAGCAUCCCGAAGCGGACAAGGGUGAGAAAGAUGACAGGCGAGUACUAGAAGAAGAAGGAACGCACGCCGCUCUCUCUUCUUUUUUGUUUUUGGACUUAACGAGCGCUCUCUUGUCCUCUCUGCCCUUUCCUUUGGCAUAUAUAUAUAAGCUGCUUUCCGCUUUGUUUCUUCCUCUCUAUCUUACUCUGCCGCAUGCUGCUCGAUUUCAAUUCACACCUCACCGCCCUAUCACUCCCUCUCUUCCGUCGUCCAUGUCGCUCAAGCGCCGCCCCGACGAGGGCAAGACUUCCGACGACAAGCGUCGGAAGCCUCCUCCCUUCUCCAGGAUCAGGGAUUUAAAUGUACCUCAAAUUCCAUGUACACUGCUAGAUUAUGGAAUUGGUGAUGCUAUGGAUUGUGGAAGAAAAAUGGCACUCUUACCAGUAGUCAAUGACUCAAUGAACUUUUGCUACAUUGUGGUGCGUGACGUGAUGAAGUUACAAUCACUUGGGCAUUUGCUGGAGCCAAUUCUAGAGCCAUUGGUUCGUAAAGUGGUUAAGGAAGAAGUUGAAGCGGCCCUAAAGAGGCAUUUAACCUGCAUGAAACAGACCUGUGGGAAGGAGUUACAUACUACAGAGUUAAGAAAUUUGCAGCUGCAGUUUGAAAACAGCAUUUCUCUUCCUGUCUUUACAGGAGCUCGGAUUGAAGGGGAGGAUGGCUCCAACUUAAGGAUAAGCUUAGUUGAUGCCCUAACAGGGAAGGUUGUUAGUACAGGACCUGAAUCAUUGGCCAAGGUGGAAAUUGUAGUCCUUGAGGGUGAUUUUGAAGAAGAAAGUGACAUUUGGAUGCCGGAAGAGUUCAAGAGCAAUAUUGUGAGAGAGAGGGAAGGAAAAAAGCCUCUUCUUACGGGAGAUGUAAUUUUAUAUCUUAAAGAUGGGAUUGGUAUGGUGGGGGAAAUUUCAUAUACGGAUAAUUCAAGCUGGACAAGGAGCCGCAGGUUCAGGCUAGGGGCAAGAGUUGUGGACAACUUUGAUGGUGUUAGAAUAAGAGAAGCAAAGACAGAAUCAUUUAUCGUAAGGGAUCACAGAGGAGAAUUGUACAAGAAGCACCAUCCUCCUAGCCUGUCUGAUGAAGUUUGGAGGUUGGAAAAGAUUGGCAAGGAUGGAGCUUUCCACAAGCGUUUGAGUCGUGAAAAGAUCCUCACUGUUAAAGAUUUUCUCACACUUCUCAACCUGGAUCCAGCAAAACUGCGCAGUAUACUGGGCACUGGCAUGUCUGCAAAGAUGUGGGAGGUAACUGUGGAACAUGCUCGAACUUGUGUACUCGAUACAACAAGGUACCUGUACUUCCCUUCUCAUUCUCAACAACCUGGUGUGGUCUUCAAUGCCGUGGGGCAAGUGACAGGACUGCUUUAUGAAUGCGAGUAUGUCACAGUAGAUAAGCUGACUGAAACCGAAAAGGCUGAUGCUCAAAACACGGUUACUACUGCAUUAAGACAAGGGGAGAAAUAUGCCACUUUCGAAGAUGAAGACUCUCUCAUGGAUGGCUCUUCACACUUGACUAAUGUACUUUACUCCCCAAGCUCUCCCAAGACAGAGGGAUCAAGUGCCAACAAGCUUUUGGCUUCCCAAAAGACUGGAGGAUUCAAUUAUCCACAGGCAAAUGCCUCUUCUCCAGAUAUCAUGUCAUCCAUUUAUUCUGUUGGUGGAACUAGUAGCUUGGAUGACUAUUGCUUGCCUAAUUUUGACAGCAUGGGCCUUAGAUACGAUCAAACCCUUAGUUUUCCAGUCCAAGUCUCCAACUCUUUGAUCUGUGACACUGAUUCAAUGGCUCAUGCUUUUAGUGAUGAUCAUCUGCAAUUUUUUGAGAGUGAUCUUCAAUCUCAGUGUCACGUUCAAGCGGAUUUACAGAGUGCUGUUGAUAGCUUCAUGCUCGCACGUUCUGCAUCGCUGGCCAGUGGAGCACAGAGGAGAUGGAGGAAGCUAUUCAACGUCCUAAAAUGGUUCAUGGUUAGGAAACGAGGAAACCAAAAACAGUUAAUGUUGUGAAAAACAUGAAGGUUCCGUUACUACUGUACAUUGUGCUCAUGAAUGCAGCCCCCAGAAAAUAUUAUGUUCCCUUUAUAGAGAAAAGUAAUGGUUUCUCUUGGGAUGUAAAUACAUCUGUGCAUUUGUUCUUGUAGAUUGCCAGAUGUCGUAGAUUUUCCCUUCCCUUUGUUAUUAAGUUGUAAAUACUUGUAUUUUACGAUCAGGAGAGGAUUUCUGGUUGUUGGCAGAUGCUUAGUAAUUUCAAGAUCCAGUUACCUUUAUCGUGGAUCAUAUUUUUGUAAGCAUAUUAUGUCCAAUAAAAUCAGUUUUUCCCCUGUGAA